AUGGAAGACGCCUUUGCUGGGUGUUGUUUGCAAAGUCUUUUUGAACCCAAGACAGAUCUCUCUCUUUGCAUAAACAAAUCAAUAAAGUUAUUUGUAAAAGACAUCCCAACAUCUGCAUCAGUAACAAGCGGGGAGAACCAAUGCAAACCGAACGAAUAUCAGAACAGUGGAAAGAGUACUGCAAAUAGUAGUGGCAAUAGUAGCAGUGCCAGAAAACGAGGGUGCGAAGAUGAUGGUGAAAAGGUGGAAGAUGAAAAGAAUUCUUCACCAACAGAAUCUACAUGCACAGCUGAGGAAAUAAAGAAGAAUUUGUUAAGUGAAAAUUUAUCACUCUUAAAUGGAUACACAUAUUUCAACAGAAUUGGAAGUAACAUAAAUUUAUUACAUACAGAAUUACAUGGCCUACGGAGGGAUUUUCUUUUUUUAAGUAAAAAAACAAAAAAGAAUAUAAAAGGAUUGAAAAUCAUAAAGAAGAAAAAUAAAAUUUACCAUGGGUUAUUGGAUGAAAUUAAAAAAGAUCGAAAAAGAAAAGAAAUUUAUGAAAUUUUAUGUUCUGAAAUUCAGAAAUUAGAAGACGUAAAUAAACUUGAAAAAAAACAAAACAAAGAAAAGUCUGACAUUGAAAAUUUGGAAAAAAAAAUACAAAACAUAGAAAAUACUAUUAAAAUGAAUGAUCAAAAUAUACAACGUGCUAUUCAGCAAAUUAAUGACAUUGUGUCAACAAAUUUAUGCCCAUGA